CGCUCGCUCCGCAGCGCCAGCUCGGCAGGCGCGGGGCGUGAGUCUCGAGUGAGACCCGCCAGGCUCCAACUCCGCAGCGCCGGGGCUCGGCGGGCAGCAACUUUCUCCCCGGAGCGGCCGCGGCGGCGGCGGCUGCUGCCGUGGCAGUCGGAGCGGGAGCCGGGAGGAGGAAGGCGGCGGCAGCGGUUCCUUGUGCCCGCUCGGGCUGUCUAGCCCUCCGAGACCGCCGGCCCGCGGAGCCUCGUCCCCCCGGGCAGCCCCGGGCCCCUGCCCUAUGUCCCGCAAGGCGAGCGAGAAUGUGGAGUACACGCUGCGGAGCCUGAGCAGCCUGAUGGGCGAGCGGCGCAGGAAGCAGCAGGAGCCGGACGCGGCGAGCACGGCUGGGGAGCGCAGCCUCCUGGCGGCCGCCGAGUCCAGCGCCAGCCUGCAGGGCUCGGGCGGCGGCGGCGUCGGGGACCUGGAGCGCGCGGCGCGGAGGCAGUUCCAGCAGGACGAGACCCCCGCCUUCGUGUACGUGGUGGCAGUCUUCUCCGCGCUGGGCGGCUUCCUGUUCGGCUAUGACACCGGGGUGGUGUCGGGGGCCAUGCUGCUGCUCAAGCGGCAGCUCAGCCUGGACGCGCUGUGGCAGGAGCUGCUCGUGUCCAGCACGGUGGGGGCGGCCGCAGUCUCGGCGCUGGCUGGCGGGGCCCUCAACGGCGUCUUCGGCCGCCGCGCCGCCAUCCUGCUGGCCAGUGCCCUCUUCACCGCCGGCUCCACGGUGCUGGCUGCGGCGAACAACAAGGAGACGCUGCUCGCCGGCCGCCUGGUUGUAGGGCUCGGCAUCGGCAUUGCUUCUAUGACAGUGCCAGUGUACAUCGCUGAGGUCUCACCCCCCAAUUUAAGAGGUCGAUUAGUCACCAUUAAUACCCUCUUCAUCACGGGAGGGCAGUUCUUUGCAAGUGUUGUUGAUGGAGCCUUCAGUUAUCUCCAGAAAGAUGGAUGGAGGUACAUGCUGGGACUUGCAGCAAUUCCAGCAGUUAUACAGUUUUUUGGCUUUCUCUUUUUACCUGAAAGCCCUCGAUGGCUUAUUCAGAAAGGACAGACUCAAAAGGCCCGUAGAAUUUUAUCUCAGAUGCGUGGUAACCAGACCAUUGAUGAGGAGUAUGAUAGCAUCAAAAACAACAUUGAAGAAGAGGAAAAAGAGGUUGGCUCAGCCGGACCUGUGAUCUGCAGAAUGCUGAGUUAUCCCCCAACUCGCCGAGCUUUAAUUGUGGGUUGUGGCCUACAAAUGUUCCAACAGCUCUCAGGCAUUAACACCAUCAUGUACUACAGUGCAACCAUUCUGCAGAUGUCUGGUGUUGAAGAUGAUAGACUUGCAAUAUGGCUGGCUUCAGUUACAGCCUUCACAAAUUUCAUUUUCACACUUGUGGGUGUCUGGCUUGUUGAGAAAGUGGGUCGCAGAAAGCUUACGUUUGGUAGUUUAGCAGGUACCACCGUAGCACUCAUUAUUCUUGCUUUGGGAUUUCUGCUAUCAGCCCAGGUUUCUCCACCCAUCACUUUUAAUCCAAUAGCUCCUUUAGAUCAGAACACUUCUUGCACAAGAUACAGUUACUGUAAUGAAUGUAUGUUGGAUCCAGACUGCGGUUUCUGCUAUAAGAUGAAUAAAUCAGCUGUCAGUGACUCCUCCUGUGUUCCAGUUAAUAAAGCAUCUACAAACGAGGCAGCCUGGGGCAGGUGUGAAAAUGAAACCAAAUUCAAAACAGAAGAAGUAUUUUGGGCUUACAAUUUCUGCCCUACUCCAUACUCCUGGACUGCACUUCUGGGCCUUAUUUUAUAUCUUGUUUUCUUCGCACCUGGAAUGGGACCAAUGCCUUGGACUGUGAAUUCUGAAAUAUAUCCCCUUUGGGCAAGAAGUACAGGAAAUGCAUGUUCAUCUGGAAUAAAUUGGAUUUUCAAUGUUCUGGUUUCAUUGACAUUUUUACACACAGCAGAGUAUCUUACAUACUAUGGAGCCUUCUUCCUCUAUGCUGGAUUCGCUGCUGUGGGUCUCCUUUUCAUCUACGGCUGUCUUCCUGAGACCAAAGGGAAAAAAUUAGAGGAAAUUGAAUCACUCUUUGAUAACAGGCUAUGUACAUGUGGUACUUCAGAUUCUGAUGAAGGGAGAUAUAUUGAAUAUAUUCGGGUGAAAGGAAGUAACUAUCAUCUUUCUGACAAUGACGCUUCUGAUGUGGAAUAAUUGUCAGCUACUGAUAUAUUUAGUCAUUUAAACAAACUUGGGAGAGAAGAACAGCAAUUGGUGACCUCACUGCCCUGCUUUUAAUCUGGUUCUUUCCACAGUCUAGUUUUGAAUGACUUCAUAUUCUAGAAUAUUUGAUUCCAAGGAAGAUACAAUCACAAUGACAUUUUUUUUCACAAGCAGAGAUGUAAAAAAAAAUCUACAGAGAUUUUAAACUAAUAGUUAUUGAGCAAAUGUGUAUAAUUCCUUCCUGAGAUAGUUUAAAAUGAAUAUUGUACCCAGUGACUUCCUUGAUAAUCCUUUUUUCCUAAGACUAUAUAUAAUUAUUAGUGGCAAUUGAGUCAGUGCUAAUCUAGCCAAAUCAUAUAUAUGUGAUAUACUUACAGCAAAGGAUUCUGAAGUAUGGUCCAAGGGUAUUUUCUGUCAAAGCAUGGCCUGUUGGCCCUAAAUUCUCCUAAGGACACGGAACUUACCUGUGAUCAGCUAUUAGAAAGUAAACUCCAUUUAAGCUUUCAUCAACAAAUUCAAAAGUGCGUCCUACAGGGGCACAGCUGUCCUUUUAUCCUUUGGAUCCCACAUUUUGGUUUCUCUCUCCAAUUCAAAUCUGGAAAGUUCUUCAGAAGCUGACUCUGUAUAGGAUCAUUUGAACAUUAUGAAAAGCAGGUCUUUUAGGGUUUAUUUUCCUGCAUAUUUUUUGCAUCAGUGACAAGUAUACAUUUGCACAGAUUAGCUAGCAAGUUUUGAUAAGUAUAUUUUAUUGCUAGAAAGUAAGAAAGAAAAGAUUUUUAUGGACCUUAAAGAUUUUUAACCCUGAGUUAGUCACUUAAGUGUGCAACUGUAAACACAAAAUAGCACUAGAUCUUCAACUGUGUUUCAGGGUCAGUUUUUGUUCAUGCCAAAAUCACCUGAUAUUCACCAUGCCUUCACUCAUCCACUCUGGAGUCCUACUAUUUGUGCCUUCAUUUGUGUGAUAUAAAUAACUUCUAGCAGACUAUUUUUCCCCUUCUUUUAAUCAAAUAAUUUCUGAAACAAGAAAGGAAGGAAGAAAAUCGGUGGCAGAAAUAAUCCUGCUGUUACUGAUGUUUGUUUAAUUAAGUAGUGGGACUUCUAUUUUUCUUAACUUUUUAUUAACUCUUCCUAAGGGAAUUGUCACAUUUUGUUACUUACGAUACUCAUCUUUUUUUUCUUUUAAUUCUAAGAGCAUAAACUGGUUUUUAUUUUGCACACCCUUUCUCAUUUUACCUGGCAUUCUAUGUAAAAAGAUACAUAGAUUUGUCUGUGGGUGUUUCCUUUGUCUCAUGCUUGGCUUGGAUUUUUUGCCUCCUUGUCUAAAAAUUGGGAUUUUCUACUGGAACAGAUUAAUGGUUCUCAUAUAA